ACCAUUUUAGUACAUUUCUCAAGCCAUCACAAUCAACACCUUUUAUUUAAACAAAACUUUCAAUUAUCAAAGUCUUUUAUAAUCUGCGUCACUCAAUUACCCUCUUAGAUAUAUUCUUUUCUUCAAAAUGUUUCAUUGUGAUUGACGUCACAUAGUUUGGUUAGGAGCGAAAGUGGCAGUGCUAGGCAAAUACAUCAAUGGCGGAGUUGAUGGGAUCACGGGCAUACUGCUGCUUUAGGUGCCAGAACCUUGUUGCUUUCCAUGAUGAUAUUGUUUCCAAAGAUUUCCAGGCAACAAAUGGUAGAGCAUUUUUAUUCUCUCACGCAAUGAACAUUAUUUUGGGUCCUAAAGAGGAUAGACAGCUUAUCACUGGUCUUCACACAGUGGCUGAUGUGUAUUGCUCUGAUUGUGGAGAGGAACUUGGCUGGAAAUAUGUCAAAGCUUACGAGGAAACACAGAAGUACAAAGAAGGAAAAUGUGUGCUAGAGAAGUUCAAGAUAGUCAAGGGCAAUGGAUAGUAAACAGAUUUUACUGUUUUAGAUCCAAGCCAUCUGAUCUCAAAUGUUCAUAGGUGGUUGUGAAGUUCUUGCAAAGACCAGGGGGGAUAGGAAUUUAACUUGUUCAAUCUCAAAAGGUGAAUUUAGUCACUCUAAUUUUUUUCUUGAUGAAAUAAUUUGUUAAAUGAUUUCUCCCCAGGUAUGAACAGUUGGUUGGUCCUUUUUCAUGUACAAAAGAUUCUUUUCAAGAAAAUUACCAACAUCACUUAUUGUUCCUGGUACAUAAAGCUUCGCAACUAGCACAAGCCUCUUGUUUUUGCAUUUUAUCAGCCAAAAUGACUGUAUAGGCUUUUACAUAUAAGUUUAUGCAUCGAUUCUUAAUAAAUAUUAUAAGCUUAUUUAGUAAAA